GUUGAGCUACAGAUUGACAGAGUACACGUAUCAGAUAUGAAGGUCUAUAUGUUAACACUGCUAUCUGUCUUGUUCUUAGCCUCUUUAAGCAGCAUGUUGCUUUGGCACUUCUUUACUUACAGAGGUUCAUCUGAUGUUAGACAAAAUUCCUCAAGCAGAAGUGAUGAAGCUGCCAUCUAUCUAUCAAAACUUAAACACAAUCCUGCAAACAGCAAGGACCGUGGCAUUAUUGACAAACUAUUAGCAAGUUACAGUCAAACGUGGGUAAAGCAGGACAAGAACUUUACAUCAUUUAGGUCAUUGCUUGGCAGCAGCUGCAAUGCUAUUUCCAAUGCAGUGGUUACACAGGACAAUUCACCUGUUGGGACAAAUAUUACAUUUGAUGGGGAGAAAAAAAGGAUAAGGGUGGUGACACCAGACCUGUUCGAUUUAUUUCCCAAGGAAAACCCAUUCAAAGGAGCACCAUGGCACUCAUGUGCUGUGGUGGGCAAUGGAGGCAUCUUAGCCAACAGCAGCUGUGGAAAACAAAUCAACUCUGCUACUUAUGUUAUCAGGUGUAAUCUUCCUCCAGUGAGCAAUGGGUAUGAGAAAGACACAGGAACUAAAACAAACCUUGUUACAGCCAACCCUACCCUCCUCUUUAGAAGGUAUCAAUCGCUAACUGAGCGCCGACGCCCGUUCGUGAGAGACAUGCAAUUGUAUGGAAACGCCCUUAUCUUCCUGCCUGCUUUCUCAUUUGGGAUGAACACAGCUGUGUCCCUGCGUGCCCUCUACUCACUGGAAGAGCACAGUAGCAGCGGCCCGCGGGUUGUCUUUUUUAACCCAAGUUACCUGAAGAGUCUGGCACAAUUUUGGCGUGGCCAGGGACUUCGUGAAAUACGCCUCAGCACAGGUAUCAUGAUGGCCAGCUUGGCACUAGAGCUCUGCAAUAAUGUCCAUUUGUACGGAUUCUGGCCUUUUGAAUCACACCCAUACACCUACCAGCAGCUCAGCAACCAUUAUUAUGAUAACCAACCAGCACACAAAAGAAUGCAUUCGAUGCCAGCUGAGUUUAAAGCCUUGUUAAACCUCCAUAACAAGGGCGUGAUCCAUCUGCACCUAGGGGAGUGCACAAAUUAAAGUUCACCUCAUGGCCAAAAGUUGAUGGACAUCUGACAUCCAGUAUAUGUAUUUUUCCAUUUGCUGUUUCGUGAGAUCAGGCACUGAUGUCAGGUGUAGAGGCCUGGGGUGCAACCGGCAGGCUCAUUUAUCUUCAGUUUGGUUGAGGUCAAGACUCUGUGCAUGCCACUAAAGUUCUAAACGAAAGCUUUGACAAACUGUCUUGUAAUUUGCUUUGUACACUGGGGCAUUGUCAUGCUGGAAUAACGUUGGUCUCCUUAGUUUCAGUGAAGGAAAUUUUCAAAGCUACAGCACACAAAGAAAUCUUAUAUCAAUUUUUUGCUUUAAACUUUGUGGCAAUAGUUUGACAAAGCCCACAUAUGGGUUUAAUAGUCAGGUGUCCACAAAUUUUGUGCAAUAUUGUAUAUGUGGAGCAUCUACGGUUAAACUGUACCAUAAGCUCAUGUGUUGUAUCACUCUGGUAAAAUGGGGUAAAUCAAUGUCAUUAUCUAUAAGAGUUAGUUCUGGUCUAAAAAUUUUAUUGUAUAA